CUUCCGGCGGCGCGAUGGCGGCAGCGCCUGACUCGGCCUCCGCGGCCGCUGCGUCCGGCGGGCCGGUGGUGCUGGCCUCGGCGCGGGCCUGGGUGCCGCGCCCGCCGCCGGCCUCGUCCUCCCCGGGCGCCCGGGACGCUCAGCGCCUGCUCCGGCUCCAGCUGAGCGCGGCUCCCGGCCCCGAGCGCUUCCGCCUCGGCCUCCGCGGCGGCCCCGACUCGGGCCCUGAGCCGAGCCUGGUGGAGUACGGCCUGAAGGAGAUCUCGUACGAGGCCAAGAGCGGCACCUGCCACGAGCUGAAGGUCCUCGCGCGGCCCGACGACCCGCUGGUCUUCCACUUCGAGGACGAGCAGGAGGCGCAGGCCUGGUGGGCGGUGCUCAGCAGCUCCCUCCGCGAAGUGCACCAAGCUCCUGAAGGAACCAACGGGCUCACCGGACGGCCCUCUUCCCAGCCUUUGGCUGCCUCUCUGCCUUUGGAGACGGCGAAGAAAGAAGACUUGGUGCUCCAGCUUUCUGCAGCCAUCGAACUUGGAAACGAGGAGGAGGCCAGGCGCUGUGCUUCCUUGCUCGCCCAGCAGCACACUGCUCUGCGCAUCCAGCUGAAGGAGUCCUGCUAUCCUGCCAGCCAGAUCAGCAUGAAGGUGCACGUGGAAGACGCCUCCUGUUCUGCCAGCAUCGUGGCCCGGGUCCACACGCACACCACAAUCGCCGCCCUCAGGCACCAGGUCUUUCAGGAUUAUGGAUUCCACCCCACUGUCCAGCGCUGGAUUAUUGGGCAGUGCCUGUGUGUGGACGACCGAACGGUUGGCUCCUACGGAAUCCGGAAGGAUGGCGAUACGGCCUUCCUCUACUUGCUCUCAGCGAAGGGAGCCAACCUCUCCGAGCAGCGUUACAAGGAGGACAAGGACUGGGUGGUGCUCCAGCCACCCCCCUCAGCCAUCCCUGGCAGCUCUGACGGCAGGCACAAAAGCAGCGCCAGUUCUUUGCCGAAGAAAGGUGGGAAAGACCUCAACAGGAAGUCGGAUGUUGGGGAGAUCACUCGCUUCCUGGACUCUGUGCACAUGAGUAAAAUUCUUCCGUGUCGCACUCAGUCCCCCACAUUCCCAGCUGCUGCCCCCCCUUCUCCUGUGCAGGCCGGCUGGUCGUGUCCCACCUGCACGUUCAUCAACAAGCCCACCCGCCCCGGCUGUGAAAUGUGCAGCACUGACCGUCCUGCUGGUUACGUGGUUCCUGUGAGCUACCGGCCGGACGAUGUGGAAAUGUGGCGGGUGCAGCAGGAGGAGGAGGGCUUCCUGCAGUACCAGAAGGCUCUGGAGCAGGAGCGGAUGCAGAAUUUCCAGCAGCUGUGCCAGCUGGAGGAAGAGGCCUUGGUGCCCAACCAGCAGGAGAUGGAGUGCCGGAUCUGUUACCUGAAGGUGGAGCCGGGCAACGGGGUGCUGCUGAGGGAGUGCCUGCACAGCUUCUGCAGAGCCUGCCUGCGCCAGCUGGUCAACUGCAGCCAGGACCCCCAGGUGUCCUGUCCCUUUCGGGACAAUUACUACGCCUGCACCAGCCACCUCCAGGACAGGGAGAUACGGGCGCUGGUGACCCAAGAGGAGUAUGAGCGCUUCCUGGAGCGGCGGCUGGCGGUGGCCGAGAGCCGGGCGCAGAACAGCUACCACUGCCGGACGGCCGACUGUCUCGGGUGGUGCGUCUACGAGGACGACGUGAACGAGUUCCGGUGCCCCAUUUGCUGGGCUCUGAACUGCCUCGUCUGCAAGGCCAUUCACGAGGGCAUGAACUGCAAGCAGUACCAGGACAAGCUAAAGUCCCAGGCUCAUCACGAUGCAGCCGCCCGAGAGACUAACAACAUGCUGAAGAUGCUGGUGCAGCUGGGGGAGGCCAUGCAUUGCCCCGCCUGCCGCAUCGUGGUGCAGAAGAAGGGCGGCUGCGACUGGAUCCGGUGCCCUGUCUGCCAGACAGAGAUCUGCUGGGUGACCAAGGGGCCACGCUGGGGGCCAGGGGGCCACGGUGACAUCAGUGGGGGCUGCCGGUGCAACGUGGAUGGAGUGAGAUGCCACCGGCUGUGCCAGAACUGCCACUGAGCGCUUGGCAAGAGGAAGCGGGCGGGCAGGCAGCCUUCUACCCGCUACCCCCCUCCCCCCAUGUCAACAGCUCCACCGGGGUCAAGCCUGCUAAUUUGGGGGGGGUGUGCCCAAGGCCUGUGGCUCUGCCCCCAGCUUGGAAGGCAGCAACCUCGGGAAGUCUGCUUUCUGACUUCACUGGCAGCGGGAGAGUCAGGAAACUGGUGGGUCUCCCCCUCCCUCCGAUUGCCUGAUUCCAAAGACACGCCCCCCCCCCCCCCCAGGCUUUGGCUGACAACUCCUGGGCAACUGAGGCACAGCUACACCACGUGGAGAGAGCCGGAGGAAGGGGAGGGGCUCCCGCUCUCUUGUUGCUGCACAGGGCCGGAGAACCUUCCCAAUAAAAGAAAAAC